CAUCGUCCCUCUGCUGCCUCCACCAUUCCCAUCCUCCUCCCACCCCCACCUUUUUGCUAUAACGUUUUCACCAUUCCUUCAUUCAGUUUCCCCUGAAUCGGGGUCACCAAGCUAUGGACUCUACUAGCAUGGUGAUCCCAUCGAUAUCCGACCCCUCCGCAACAAUGGGCUUGGUAAAUGGCUAUUCGGCCUCGUCCACGCCCAAUGAUGCUAGCAUGAGGGAUGACCUAGCAAUCAGCGACAGCGGCAGUAACGCAUCCGACACUUAUGCAAACCACGCCGAACGCGAUUCCUCCUCCCCCGAAGCAGAUGCCGCCGACGAGUCCUAUGAUGCCGGCUCUCCUGAUGCUCAGGGGGAUGGGGACGCUUCGGAGACUGAGAACGAGGCGAACGAGAGCAGUCAGUCCAGCGAUGAAAAUUCUUCAUCGUCGGAAACCAAGCAUGACUACCAGCGUAAGUCACCGUCGGUCAACGAAUCCGACUAUAUGCGACAGAAUCCCGAUCUCUAUGGGCUUCGUCGAAGUGCCAGAGCGCGCACAACGCGUCAAGUAGUCGACUCCCCCUCCGAAUCCGAAUCCGACGCAGUAGCACCUCGCUCAAAGCGUCGACGCGCCGUUGCCUCACAACCACCCUCCAAGCGCCCCUCCCGGUCCGCAACACAAUCCUCAUACUCUGAAGACUCGGACAGUGAUGAGUACGGCGGAAGUCGUGCUCGCACAAACAGGGCGAGGCGACGGAAGCUUCUUCAGUCCUCCACAAACAGCCUACCCUCACAGCCCGAAGUCCGAUUCUCCACAAGAAACGCGUCCCGGGUCUCUAAUUACAACGAGGACGAGGAUGACUCAAUGUUUGAGGAAGACCCGGACGAAGUGAUGAUGGACAACUACUGGGUGAACACAGUGGAGGAUGACCGUCCAGCGGUCGACGUUGUGCUCAACCAUCGCCUCAGGGACGGUGUGGAUCCCAGUAGCCUCGACCUCAGCCGUCAUGACUUUGAAUUCUACAUUAAAUGGCAAGGGAAGUCCCAUUACCACGCAUCAUGGGAAACCACAGAAGGCCUCGCCAACUGCCGUAGCACUCGCCGUCUCGACAACUACAUUCGAAAAGUCUUGAUGGAAGACAUCCGUCUGCGCAAUGAUGAGGAUGUCGCUCCUGAGGAUCGGGAAAAGUGGAACCUCGACCGAGAGCGGGAUGUAGAUGCUAUCGAGGACUACAAACAGGUGGAACGAGUGAUCGGUAUGCGUGAAGGCGAGGAGGGAACCGAGUACCUCGUGAAAUGGAAACGCCUCUUCUACGACUCUUGUACAUGGGAGGAUGAAGACUUAGUCAGUAACAUCGCGCAACGCGAGAUAGACCGUUUCCUAGAUCGUUCCUCUCGCCCACCGGUCUCUGACAAGUCGGAAACGAAUCCAGCCACGCGGAAGCCGUUCGAAACCAUCAAAGGCACCCCGUCCUUCCUGCAGAAUGGCCAGCUCAAGGAGUUUCAGGUCAAGGGUGUCAACUUCAUGGCCUUCAAUUGGGUGAAAAACCGCAACGUUGUGCUUGCCGACGAGAUGGGUCUUGGAAAAACGGUGCAGACUGUGUCUUUCAUCAAUUGGCUACGCCAUGUACGGCGUCAACAGGGUCCUUUCGUCGUCGUCGUGCCUCUCUCUACUAUGCCGUCCUGGGCCGAGACCUUCGAUAACUGGACGCCCGAUCUUAACUACGUUGUCUAUAACGGCAACGAAGCUGCACGCACAGUCUUACGAGAGCAUGAGCUUAUGGUUGAUGGGAACCCCAAGCGACCGAAGUUCAACGUCCUUCUGACAACUUACGAAUAUGUCCUGUUAGACUCGGGCUUCCUGAGCCAGUUCAAGUGGCAAUUUAUGGCCAUUGACGAAGCUCAUCGGCUGAAGAACCGCGAGUCCCAGCUAUACCUGAAGCUACUCGAGUUCAGAUCGCCUGCCCGGCUCCUGAUCACCGGUACUCCCAUUCAGAACAAUCUGGCCGAGUUGUCUGCGCUUUUGGACUUUCUUAAUCCAGGCCUGGUCGAAAUUGAUGCCGACAUGGACCUGAAUUGCGACGCCGCCUCACACAAGCUGGCGGAAUUGACCAAAGCUAUCCAGCCGUUCAUGUUGCGGCGAACCAAAUCGAAGGUCGAGUCCGAUCUUCCUCCCAAGACCGAAAAGAUCAUUCGAGUAGAACUCUCGGAUAUUCAAUUGGAGUAUUACAAGAACAUUCUCACGAAGAACUACGCUGCACUCAAUGACGGUGCUCGGGGUCAGAAACAAUCACUACUCAACAUCAUGAUGGAGCUCAAGAAAGCCAGUAACCAUCCCUUCAUGUUUCCAAAUGCGGAGGCUAGGCUGCUCGAAGGUAGUAUUCGUCGAGAAGAUGUGCUGAGAGCCAUGAUCACUAGCAGUGGUAAAAUGAUGCUCUUGGAUCAGCUGCUGGCCAAGCUCAAGCGCGAUGGUCACCGCGUACUGAUCUUCAGUCAGAUGGUCAAGAUGCUGGACAUUCUUGGUGACUAUAUGGAGUAUCGUGGGUACACAUAUCAGCGUCUCGACGGAACCAUUCCCGCGGCAGCCCGUCGCCUAGCCAUCGAACAUUAUAAUGCACCUGGAAGCAAUGAUUUUGCCUUCAUCCUCUCGACUCGAGCUGGAGGUCUCGGAAUCAACCUUAUGACUGCAGAUACCGUUGUUCUCUUCGACUCUGACUGGAACCCCCAGGCUGAUCUGCAAGCGAUGGCAAGAGCGCACCGUAUCGGUCAGACGAGGCCAGUCAGUGUGUAUCGCAUGGUCUCGAAGGAUACUGUGGAGGAAGAAGUCAUUGAAAGAGCGAGAAAUAAGCUUCUGCUGGAAUUCAUCACCAUUCAACGUGGCGUGACCGACAAGGAAGCUUCAGAAAUUCAGACCAAGAUGGUUCGGAGUGGAAUUUCCAUCGCUGAGCCCAAUUCUACGGACGACAUUUCGCGUAUCCUCAAGCGCCGUGGUCAGAAGAUGUUUGAGCAGACUGGUAACCAAGCGAAACUUGAGCAAUUGGAUAUCGACUCGGUUCUUGCGAAUGCCGAGUUGCAUCAAACGGAACAGGCCGAGGGGAUCCAAGCGGAUGGUGGUGAAGAGUUCCUCAAGGCUUUCGAUUACGUCGAUAUUAAGGUUGACGAUCUCAGCUGGGACGAUAUUAUUCCCAAAGAGCAACUCGAGGAGAUCAAGGCCGAAGAAAAGAAGAAAGCGGAUGAGCUGUAUUUGGCGGAGGUCAUCGAACAAAACCGGCCUCGCAAGCGCAACAUCCCCGGUGAUCUCCGAGAUUCGCGUGAAGAGCGCAAAGCCAAGAGACAGGCUCGAGCCCAAGUCAGCAUGGACAAUGGCGACGACUCGGACUCGAUGGCUCAAUCGGACCCCAAACGCCCACUUGUGGAAAAAGAAUAUCGUCAUCUCCUUCGAGCGUUUUUGCGCUACGGUGAUCUUGGUGAUCGUGAAGAGGAUAUUAUUCGCGAGGCGCGCCUACUCGACCGUGACAGGGAGACGGUAAAAUCCGCUCUUCGGGAAAUCACCGAUAAAGCCGCCUCUUUGGUCAAAGAGGACAUGCAUAAAUUGGAAGCUCUUGAAAAUUCUGGCCGGGUCCCAACCAAAAAGGAAAAGAAGGCAGUGUUAUUUGACCUCCAUGGCGUCAAGCGCCUCAACGCGUAUACCAUCGUUGAACGGCCUACCGAGAUGCGUAUCUUGAAAGAGGCACUUGCUCAAGUCACAGGGUAUUACAACUUCCGUGUCCCCGAUGCUACGAAAGCCGCAGACUACACCUGCGCAUGGGGCGCGCGGGAAGAUGGCAUGCUCUGCGUUGGUAUUGCACGACACGGUUACGGUGCUUGGGCGCAGAUCCGGGACGACCCGGACCUUGACCUUGGGGACAAGUUCUUCCUUGAGGAGCACCGCGUAGAGCGCAAGAACGAGCGCUUGAAUGCGGAGGAUAAAACGACCAAGUCCCCCGGUGCGGUCCAUCUCGUCCGCCGCGCAGACUACCUCCUAUCUGUCCUUCGAGACAGAGCGACGAAUGGCUCGAACAUGAGUGCAAGACGAGCUCUUGAAAGCCAUAGACCAGGGCGCAAAGGCUCCCGCGCCCACGCCAGCAAUAGUGUCUCGGCCUCUCCCGCACCCUCGGUGUCUCGGAAGGGACACCGCGAAACUGAACGAUCCAGGCAUCGAUCCAACACGCAUGUCCGCGACAGCAUGGAGAGGCAUCACACUCCUAAUCAAGAUUCUCGCCAGCGCUCCGCUCAUGAUGGGGACCGCCGUCACCGCACGUCGGACGCCUCCAGUGAGGAUAUCCGUCGCCGAAAACCCAACGAGAACGGGCACUCUGCGGGCAAGGAGGAAAUGGAAUAUAGGUUCUUCAGGCCCAUUCGCGAAAAUCUAAAGAAGGUGUCAGCUGUCACCAAGGAGAACUUCCCGGACAAAAUGGAGCGCGCCCAUGAACUCAGGCGGCUUCUGUCCAAGAUUGGCGAAUUUAUCAAGCAAAACCUACGAGGAGACGGGAUGGACUCUCUGGAGACUCGUCUGUGGGACUAUGUCGCGGUUCACUAUUGGCCCAACAAAGACGUCGGAGGGGCCAAAGUUCAAGCGAUGUAUCGCAAGAUCGCUGCACUCAAACCAGAGGCGGCUGCGGCGCCCAGCGCGCCGAACGGGGGAUCGAGUAGACCUUGAUGUUCAAGUCGGCCGACAGAGCGAGCUAGCUGUUUGAGGAUACUGGGGUUUAUAUUAUCGCGGAGGGAGUUUCUUCCAUUUCCUUGUUGUCAGUUGCAGGUACAUACAUAAGCAUUUAUUUUUGGGCAAGCAUGGCGACGGCGUCCGGCAUGAUCGAAUCUAUGAAAGGGGUGUUUGUUGUCGACUCGAACCAUGAGAUGUGAUGUUUGCAUGGCAAUAAUUUCCUUUUUCGAUGCUGUUGUUUCUUUUGGUCCUGCUCUCCAUCCAUCUACAUCUAUUUAUGUCUUCCAUUCUCAUACCAUCAUGCCGCCUCUGGGAGCGAUUGAACCUUGAAUCUUUGUCGUGUUUGAGCCUGGGUUCAACACUUAUUUUAUUUUUGUUUUUGAUGUCUCUGAUAUACACAUACCUGCCUACCUGGAGUGCAGGGACCGGUCUCGCACCAUACAAUACCACCCAUUUUG